UUCCUGUAUAACUUGUCUGUGAUCCUAAACUCCAUAAUCUGUUUCAUCGAUAAAUUGUCUUUUCCUUCAGUAUCUCUAUACUCUUACUACUUUUCGAAUUGAUAUUUAAACAAAAAGAAAAUGUCAGGAAGAAGAUCACGUUCGAGACAAUCAUCAGGGAUCUCAGAAGAUCAGAUCAACGAUCUCAUUAUCAAGUUGCAGCAGCUUCUUCCUGAGCUCAGGAACAGUCGUCGCUCCGACAAGGUUUCAGCAUCGAGAGUGUUACAAGAAACGUGCAACUACAUAAGGAAUCUGCAUAGAGAGGUCGACGAUCUAAGCGAGAGACUAUCUGAGUUACUCGCAAACACAGACACUGCUCAAGCUGCUUUAAUUAGAAGCUUACUUACCCAAUAAUUCCUUUCUUCUUGUUCUUUAUUCCUAUAAUAAUAAUAGUACGCGGAUUUUCAUUUUUCUAUAGAUGAUGAUGACCUUAUAGAUGUUUAAUGAUUCAAGUUCGUCACUUUUGGUUCGGUCAUAAAUAUUCGCUUGUUUCCUAUAUAAAACAUUUGCCUUUCUUCAGUUACUUUGUUUGUCUCUUUUUAUAAUUCUGUUAGGGUUUGUUCACC